AUGGAGUGCUGUAUGUGCAAUGCCUUAUUUAAUGAUGGUGUCCUCUGUGGCACCUGCAAAAGAUACUUCGACUAUGGGUGUGCUCAAAUUACUGAAACUGGUUGGCGCAAACUAGGAGCAGACCGAAGAGCAGCAUGGAAAUGUGGGUCCUGCAAAACUGCCACCGUCACCACCUCGCUACCGGAAUCUGUUUCACUCGAGUCCAUUAUGAGAGAGAUUCGCUCCAUGAAAAAUCAACUCACGGGCUUACCUAACCUUGUCGAAAGUUUUAAUGACAUAAAAACUGAGCUAUCAGAUAUAAAAGCAAGCUGCGAAUUCUUAGGAGGCAAAUUGGAAGACUUUUCAAUCAAAAUUAAUAACUUUGAGGACCGUCUGUUUAACUUGGAGAAAUUGGAUGGAGCUGUGCGUGCUCUUGAGGAGGAGAUAUCUACCUUAAAAACGCAGGCGCAGGACAGCGACAACAGAUCCAGGCUUAACAAUAUUGAGAUAAAGGGCGUGCCGGUCAAAAAAGAUGAAAAUCUUUUCUCUAUAUUGGAUUCGAUCAGCAAGUCAAUAAACUGUAACAUUGACAGAAAUCAAAUAAAUUAUAUUUACAGAAUUCAGAGUAGUCAGUCCAAAGAAAAAUCUAUAAUUGUUAGCUUUUUGAAUAGAUACAUUAAAGAAGACUUUGUAGCUGCUGGGCGUGCAACGACCAACCUAUGUGCGUCAAACAUUGGUUUUAAGGACUUUUCCCAUAGAAUCUACAUUAACGACCAUCUCAGCUCAAACACCAAAUUGCUUUUAAAUAGUGUCAAAUCGUUAGCAAAAGAAAAAGGCUAUCAAUACACCUGGAUCAAAUACGGGAAAAUCCACGUGCGUAAAAAUAAUACCUCUCGCGUAUUGAUAAUUUCCAGAAAAAGCGAUUUAAACAAAAUUUCUUAAUGUGUGGCUAUUAUUGUUCAUUACUUCCUAGCUUACUUGAUUUGUAUAAAUUAUUACUGUUAAAAAAAUACACGAUCACCGGAUUGCAAAAAAGGUUUAACACACCUAACACUGACGUAGUUGCUAACGCAUUUCAACUAUAUUUCUUUUUGUUGAGGGUAAGUCAAAAUUAUUUACAAUACGCUAAUUUAUUGCUUAUCGC